ACAGACCAGGCUAAUACAUCCGGGUGAGUGGAGCUGUAAAGUUUUCUUCGUUUAUUUAAGAAAGUUGUAAAUUCGUGGUAAGUCUAUUUGUAAUUAUUCGAAAAAUAAUGAAUACAAUCGGGAAUUACAGAUACAUUGCUUUUCCCCAACAAUCAUCUUUAUGGCGGGCGUAAUUUUGGAAACAAUAAGUAAUAAAAAACUAAUUGGCUUCGGUCUAUUCUUAUUGGUUUGUCAAAUAGCCGGAUUUCUACUCGGUGGAUUAAUAGGUAAGAACCCAUUGCACUAAGAAUUCAAUUUAGAAGCAAUAAAAUCUGUACGAGGUAGCACUGUGCAAAUAGGCCUACAUGUUUUGUUUAAUAUUGCAGAGGCGAAGCCAUCUCACGUAGUUUCUAUAUUGGGUACACCGUGUUGGAAGAAUCCAUACAGCAAUGAAAUAGUUUAUACGAGACAAUUGAAGUACAAUUCAAGUACUGGAGAGAAAUGUCAUGUUGUAAGGAUAAUCUGUUAUCAAUAACUAUAGAUGGCGCUGUUGUACCUGUAACAAGCUAAUUUGUAUUUAUCUAGCAUAUGGGAAACAUGCACUGCUUUCCUUUAAAGAAAGUUACCUUAAUAGUAUUUUUGUACAACUAUCUUUCCCUAAGACUACGUAGAGCCAGUUAUACGCCAAUAUUAUCCCUUAGUUUACUCCUUCAUUGUCAAAGUGUUCUUUCUAUUAUUAGCCUACCGACCAUGCAGAAGAUUUUCCUCAACAUAUAGUCUUUGUCUUCCAAAUGCCCUUACCAAGAGAUAGUAUUGAUCUAAAAAUGUCUCGAUGGUUUCAAUAUAUGGUUGGCGUGAUUCACAUUGAUUGGAAACCUACUACUGGAAAACAAGCAUCACUUUCAAAUUCAGAAUUGGCGUUGAAUGUUAAAUUAGGCUACAGAGAUGAAAGAACAAAUUGGACAGUUAUGGCUCAAUCAACAGAAAAACGAUCAUUAGAUUGCGUUAAAGAAAAGGAUUAUUAUGAAUGCGAUAUCAUUCCUCUAUACGAAAUUGGAAGUGUUCAUCACGAUUUCUAUCUCUUGAAUUUAAUGUACAAUACAACAAAAGUUCGAGAUCUACAAAUAGACAGUAUAUACUUGCACGUAAUUCUACAAACGGGAGGUUUUACCAGAGUUUGGCUAUCUUUGAAAACUGUCACAUUUCCAUUGAUUAUUGGUCUUGUAAUAUUUUUUUGGAAUCGUAUAAGAAAGUUAUCUAGAUCUGCUAAUUUAUUGGAAAAAAUCAUAUUUGGAAUGGGACUAACAUUGGCAUUUCUUGACUGUCCAAUUGAAUGGUUAACUCUAGGAAUGAAAAUUCCAUUUAUGUUAUUGUUGAACGAUAUUCGUCAAGGUAUUUUCUAUUGCGCAUUGCUAAGCUUUUGGAUUGUUUUUUGUGGAGAGCAUAUGAUGGAUAAAGUCAUCAGAAAUCGAGUUUCUGUCUAUUGGAAAGAACUUACGGCUGUUGGUAUUGGAUCCCUAUGUCUUUUUAUCUUUGAAAUUUGCGAGAGAGGAGUUCAAUUAACCAAUCCAUUCUUUACUAUCUGGGCUGAUAACAUUGGAAAGAGAGUUGCUGUUAAAGAAGGUAAUUGGAAGUGGGGUACUGGCUCCUGGCAUGCCUCUGAAGAUGAUGAUAGUGAAAAUCUUGACUUGGACGAAACUCAACCUCUUGAAUAUACGAGCGCUUUCUUUACGGGAGUAUUUUGUAUGUGGAACAUAUACGCGGGAUCUUUACUAUUUUUAUACGCUCCAUCAAAGAAAAAUCCAAAUUUACCCGAAGAUGAACAAUCAGACGAAAGAGGAGAAGAGAUAGAAUUUAGCCAAAUAAAUUCUGAGGCUGUAGCAUUAGCUCCUCGAAGCCGAGAGAAUGAUGGACAAAAUUCAUUUUUAAGCACACUUCAAAAAUCAGCAAUGGAUUAA